CUCCUGUGGUUAUGUCUGUUGCUCCGCCUUUCCUCACGUCCAGGACUAUGAAAUCUUACAAAAAAAAUAGAUUUAUCAUAAUGUCUGAAUUGAUUUUGUGACUAAGUAAUAUAUGAUGAAAAAAUAUGACUUUGAAUUUUAGUAGUUUGUUUGUCUGAGACAAGAGUCAAUUAUGUGUAACACGUCCGUACACGUUCUCGUCCCAUCCGUGUUUUCCGUGAACUUUCCAUGAAGUUUUGCAUGACUUGACUAGGUAGUUCAGUCCGUGUCGCCGGACUGUGUCUCGGCCAAACGGUCCGCCUACUCGACCGCCAUUGAACCUUGCCCUCCUCCUACAUUUGCUGCCCUGUUGUUACAACUUUUUAAACUUUCACCGAGUAAAAAGAGCCGACAUUUCUAAUUCCAUCUUGUUUUUCCAACGAGCUUUCCAAGAACAAACAGUGCUCCUGCUUCCUCCGCUUCACGUGCAGGCAUCACUUUUUCAGGAUGAGCUUUGUGACCUCUGACCCCUACAUCUUUACAUCUGACACACUGCCAUCAGACCAGCGCUUCUUUCCCCCACUGACCAAUGGAAUGCUGGGCUGGAGAGUGUUCAGUGACAUGAUGCACAUGGGAGGAGUCUAUAAUGGUGAGGGUGGGGACUGUCACCGCGCCAACCUGCCUUGCCCUCUGGCUGUGAAGAUUCAGCUGGAAGAAUCUGGUGCACACACCUACAGUUUGGACACCCAUACAGGUGUGUUCAUGCACUCCGUGUGCACAGCCAGCGUUUGUGCAACCCAGACUUUUUAUGCACAUCGACACUACUCAAACAUGUUAGUGAUGGAAGUGAUGCUGGUGCGUCAGGUGACCACAGAGGAGCCAAUCACAGUGGAGCUGCACAGUUCUUUCACACCAUACAGUGAUGACAUUGUGUUUCACUCUGGCCCAGACUACAGAGGUGGGAGGCAUAUCCAUGGACAAACUAUGACCCCUGAGGUCCCUGGUCACACCUGUGCAAGUGUGCACCUCAUCUGGACCCCGGUGGUGUCAUCACUGACCCUGCUGCCCAAACAGAGCGAGUCUCGCUGGGGCUUCUUUUUGGUGGUGGCAGACAGCGCUGAGAAGGCCCACACCUUUUUCGACACUGGCCUGGAGCUGAUUGCCAAUGGUGACCUUCGCCCCUCCCAUUGCCGGGCAUGGGCGGAGCUAUGGAAGGGAGGCAGAGUGGAGGUGUCAGGCCCUGACUCCCUGUGCCGUGCUGUGAUUGGCUGUCUUUUCUACCUUCUUAGUGCCUUCCCACCCUUACACAAUGUGCCCUCUCUAUUUGGGGGGGUCAGUCCUGGGGGUCUGUCUAAUGGAAAGCAAGGACAGGACUACUGGGGACAUGUGUUCUGGGACCAGGACACGUGGAUAUACCCCAGCAUUGCUCUCUUUUACCCACAGCUAGCACGGGCUGUGCUAGAAUACAGAGUGCGGACAAUAGAGGGCGCCAAAACCAAUGCACAGCAGCAGGGCUACAAGGGGCUAAAGUUCCCUUGGGAGAGUGCUGUAACAGGGAAUGAAGUCUGCCCUGAGGACAUAUAUGGCCGACAAGAAAUCCACAUUAAUGGGGACGUCACCAUGGCCUUCCAACACUACCUCUACCUGACACAGGACCUGACCAUGUUCCAGGAAGGGCGUGGAAGUGAGGUGGUGUGGGGUGUGGCAGACUACUGGAUUUCACGGGCCACAUGGAGUGCAGAGGAGCAGUGUUACCACAUCAAAGGGGUCAUACCUCCUGAUGAAUACUACUUCAAUAUUGACAACUCUGUCUACACAAAUGCUGUUGCCAGACUCAGUCUUCAGUUUGCAGUGGAGGUGGCAAACUUGCUCAAGCACCCAGUGCCAGCAGAGUGGCAGGAGGUAGCUGAUAAAAUCAAAAUCCCCUUUGACCCGGAACUGAACUACCAUCCUGAGUUUGAUGGCUACAAAAGAGGUGACCGUGUGAAACAAGCAGACGCAGUUUUGCUAGGUUACCCUCUGGGUUUGACCAUGACCCCAGAGGUCAGGAGGAAUGACUUGGAACUGUAUGAGGAUGUGACUGACCCCAAGGGACCAGCAAUGACAUGGGGCAUGUUUGCAGUGGGCUGGGUAGAGCUGGGGAAUGCUGAGAAGGCCCAGGAGCUGCUCAACAGGUGCUUCAGCAACAUCCAGAGUCCCUUCCAGGUAUGGAGUGAAGGAUCAGAUGGCUCUGGUGCAGUGAAUUUCUUAACUGGAAUGGGAGGAUUUAUGCAGGCUGUGUUGUUCGGAUACACUGGCUUCCGGGUUCAGAAGGACUGUCUGGCCUUUGCUCCUCUCUUGCCCAGUGACAUAACAGAGUUGCACCUGCAAGGUCUGAGUUACCUGGGCAACAAGAUGGACUGGUUGCUGAGGGAGCAGGAGGUGUGUGUAACUCUGUGGGAAGAGGCUGAAGAGUACUGCCCCCUGCAGGUCAUUCUAAAUCACUCUGGAACCAGCUUCCCGCUAAAGCCAGGGCAGUCAGUGACCUUCCCCCGACAGCCUGGACAACUGCAAAAACUAAACUCCACUCCUUCCUGUUGGCCCUUGUAAAACUACAUCAUGCCUCCAGUGGCCAUGCCCUCCUGUAGGUAGCAGUGUGGGAGUCCAGCCAUCAUUGAGCUGUGUGCCUGAAAGAGUGCCCCUACAAAUACUGAACUUGCUGGAAAAUUCUGCCUUUAAAUACAGGCUUGAGAAGGAUUGGGGAAUAUGCUUUUUUAUGUAUGCAUUGUAAUCUCAUUCAUAAUAAGAAAAAACAAAUGUCAAAUUUAAUUUCUGAAUAUUUAAAUUCCUGUGCACAACAGAAAUACAGUAUAUAUAUUGUGUAAAGCAUAGUUAUGUAAGUACUUACCCUAAAAUAUAAGUAAUGUGUUAAAAUGUAUACAUUUUGCAAAUACUCAUUAUUUUCA